CGAUUUUAGUUCCAUCGACUCUUCUGGGUUCUAUUUCAAUGGUUGCUGUGAUUAUGAGUGUAGGAGAUGUGGAGGAGGGCGAAAUCAGUGACUCUUCUCUCCUUGCUGCUGUUACUGAUACUAUGACUAUUCCUGCUGUUACUGAUACUACUACUACUAGUGCGGAUAUGAAUACUGAACCAACAUUCCCAGUUGGUCUGCCUUCUGGAGUUGCUGAUAAUAGUGUCAUGGAAGAUGCUAUCGAGCAUCAUAUGAAAAGGCAGCGUAGUGCUAGUCCAACAUGCAGUUAUACAAGCAGCAACAGAUACAGUCAUUAUGAAACUGACAAAAAAUAUGAUGUUGCUCAUGACAAGAACCUCCACAGUCCAGCAGAAGACGUUUCUGGUCAUGAGGAGUCGUAUGGAUCUCGUCCCUCGGACCGUUCCCAUCGUGGAGACAAAGUAAGUCGCUCUGACAAACCCUAUAGCUCUCGAGACACUGAGUCUCGCAGCAGACACUCUUUUAGUCGUCAUGAAGGUAGCAGACAUAGAUCUCGCUCAAGGGACCGUAGUAGUCGCACACGGGACUCUUCGAGACAUCGCAGCAGUCGUCAUCGUUCAAGUCGGAAUAGAGAGCAUGAUAGGCAUAGAGAGUCUCAUAGGGAUCGGGAUAGACCUUCCGACCGCUGUCGUGACAGAGACGACGCAUACAGUCCAGAUAAAUAUCAGGACAGGUCGUCUCGUCCCAACACUCUUCGUCUCGAACCUGGUAUGCCUAGUAUUUUACUUAUUCAAGUUGGUUUAGUCUUUCAACUAAUUCUUG